UAAGUCAACAUAACAAAAGCUGAAAAGAACGAAAAAAACAAGAUCUACCUCGAACCUCUCUCCUCAUCCUUGGUCCUCCUCGCCUAUCAGUCUCCACCACCACCACCACCUCCCGAGUCCCGUCUCUUUCACCGACUGUCUGGUUGGCCAAGCAAGUACCAAUUCAAUCCUAGACAGAAAUGUUAGCUGGAUUCUACCUGGCUGGGAUUGAUUUGGUAGCAAUCCCUCCUCAAUUAUUAUGAAUUGAUUCAUAAAUCAAGCCUGAGGCUGAUCGACGCAGUCCGGAUCGAAGCAAAAUUAGCGCAACAUAGUAAAUUGAAUUGGGUAAGUCUCCACUGCAACUAGUUUUCCAUAUCAAUAAUGAGGGAAGACGACUCCAAUUGGUUCUCAAGAUGGGAAGAACAACUCCCAUCUCCUGAGGAGCUUAUGCCCUUGUCCCAAACCCUAAUAAGUCCUGAUCUUGCUCUGGCUUUUGACAUCAGAUCAAACCCCAAUCCUAAUCCCAAUCCCAAUCCCAAUCCCAUUACCAAUACCAAUACCACCAGUAGCCCACAGCACGCGCCCACACCUCCACCCCCACCGGUCAGUUCUUUGCCUCCUGCUACCCCGACCCACCCCAACUCCUCUGCUGAUUUUGCCGAUUCUGCUGACUUGGGCUCCGGCGGAGGAGGAGGAGGUGCGCCCGGCGAUGAGCCGGCCCGCACCCUUAAGCGGCCUCGCCUGGUGUGGACCCCACAGCUCCACAAGCGCUUUGUGGAUGCCGUCGCCCACUUGGGGAUCAAGAAUGCCGUCCCCAAGACCAUAAUGCAGCUGAUGAGUGUGGAUGGGUUGACUAGGGAGAAUGUUGCCAGCCAUUUGCAGAAGUACCGCCUUUAUCUCAAACGAAUGCAGGGAUUAUCUGCUGGGACUGGUGGUGGCGGCGGCGGCGGUGGAGGUUCCGCUGAUCCUGCCACUGACCAUUUAUUUGCCAGCUCACCAGUUCCAGCUCAUUUCUUACACCCAGGAAGGCCCAAUUCCGACCAUUUCCUGCCGUUUGUUCCGGUGGCUCUGCAGCAUCACCAUCAGCAGCAGCAGCAGCAGCAGCACAUGGCAGCAGCUGCCGCCGCAGCUGCCACCCAUCCGCAGAUGCAGCAGACUCCUCAGUAUCACCAUCACAGGCAGCCGCAGGUGGGGCAUUUUGGCUCUCCACCAAAUCCAAAUGGGCAAUUUGAACAUCCAUUCCUGGCGAGGCAGUCACAGGCAGUGCAUAGGAUGGGGGCACCAAUUCACAGUCCAGCUGUGCCAGGGUAUAUUGAGGACAUGGAAUCAGCUAAUGCAACUGGCAGGAAAGUUCUUACUCUUUUUCCUACUGGGGAUGAUUGAAUUUGGGUAUUUCUCAUGUUUCACUUGCUUUUUACUCCAUUUCAUUUCAAUUCUAGGUUUUGUGAAAUAGGUCUCUGUUGUAUUGUCAAGGGUUUAUUACAUACGGUUGUUGUGCUUGUUGUAUGUAACUUUAGGUUGUGGGAAAUGAGAUCCAACUUCCAUUUCCAGAUCCAAGAUAACUAUGCAUUUGUUGUAUGCUUCACCGUCCUUUAUGAGCAUUGGGGAUGCUCUCUACUCUCUAGUUUUAACUUCUUGUGUCCAUUCAUAUCGGACUUGUACUUGUUUAAUUAUAUCUCCCCCUCAUCUCAAGCUGGCAGAGAUAUUGAUUGUGAUGUCACUUGAGAAACUGCAAUGGUUUGAAGCUCUUCCCUUGAGAAAAAUAAAAGGAAGAAUCUUAAUGUUAAUUAAUUGGAUUUCUAGAGCUUCAUUUGUCCCAUGUCCUAUGAGCAAUCGAUUAUGUUUUCUGUGA